AUGAAGAUGGAUAGUGGUGAAGUUAGAGUAGAGAUUCCUGCAGGUGCCGACUGCAAAAACUCUAUUUCUGGCAACCACCCAAAUAAUAUAGAGGAUGUUGUUCAUUUACAUGAUCAUGAUCCACCAGAUUCAGGUCUCAGAUCAAGGAAAAAAGUACCCGCACUUACGGCUAUAGCAGAGAUGCCAAAGACUAAUCUAAUUACCACUACGUCCCAGUCACAGCUUCAAGCAGAGGAGGAUGCUGGCCAGCUGAAGCCAAAAUCUAGAUUCAAUGAACCAGCAAUUCCUAGCGAGGAGAAUAUUGUUAAAGAAAAUGUAACCGCUUCUGCUUUUGAAAUGUUAGAAACUCCGAAAGCAGCCGCCUCUCCUGUAACACCUAGAACACCUAUAAUGGCAUCACCAAGCAAAGCUAAUGAUGAUAAUGAUGAGAAUGGUCAUUAUCCUACACGAAAAAGACCUAAGAAAAUAAAGGUUCUGUUUAUUAUUGAGUUCAGUUUAUUUGUUUGCAUUACGUUGGUUUUAAUUUUAAGCACAACUAUGAAUAUGUUAGAGGAUAAAGAGAUUUGGAGUUUAGAAUUAUGGAAAUGGUGUGGUUUUGGAUUGGCAAUUUUCAGUGGCCGUUUAUUCUCAAUGUGGUUGAUGAAUAUCGUGGUUUUUUUUAUUGAAACAAAUUCCUUACUUAGAAAGAAUGUUUGGUAUUUUGUUUAUACUGCACAUAAGAGCUUUUGGGUUUUUAUUUGGUUAGGUUUAAUUCUACUAACAUGGGUGCUUUUGAUUGUCCAAGGUGUCACUAGAUCAAGUGACACAACCAAGGUUCUAAAUUAUAUCACAAGGGGGAUUGCCUCUACACUAGUUGUUGCUGGUGCAUGGAUACUCAGAACUAUAGUUGUAAAGUUCUUAUAUGCUUCAUUUUAUGAGAAAAGAUUCUUUGAAAGGAUUCAGGAAAAUAUCUUCCAUCAAUACAUACUUCAAACCCUUUCAGUGCCACCAUUGAUGGAGCUUUCGGAAAUGAUUAAUGGUUCUAGGUUAGUAAGUUGCAGGGGAUCGAACGUUAUUGAUGUAAAGUUCAAAGAAAAAACUGUUAUUGAUGUGCAAAAGCUCCAGAAUAUGAAACGUGGAAGUGUAUCUGCUUGGACAAUGAGUAGGUUAAUAAAAAUCGCAUCUCAGUCUGGCUUUUAUACAGUUCCGGACACACUUGAUGAAAGUGAAGAUUUGAUAAAUCCGGAUGAGCAAAACAACAGAACUAUCACCAACGAAUGGGAGGCUAAAGUUGCCGGUCAUCUUAUAUUUAGAAAUGUAGCUAAACCCGGAUACAAGUACAUCGAAGAGGAAGAUCUUUUGCGUUUUAUGAUCAAAGAGGAGGCGGAUGUGGUGUUUACAUCAAUAGGAAGAGCAGAGGAAAGUGGAAGGAUUAAUAAGAAGUCCGUUAUGAAUUGGGUGGUGAGCAUGUAUAUGAAGAGUAAAUUUCUGGAGCAUUCUCUAAAUGACAUUAACGGAGCCAUAAAAGAAUUAAACAAGUUUGUAACUGGGCUUUUGAUUAUAGUACUCAUAAUCCUUUGGGUAAUACUCAUGGGUAUUGUUGCAACAGAAGUGUUGCUUUUCAUUUCAUCUCAAUUCUUACUAGCUGUUUUCACAUUUGGGAGCUCUGCUAAAUCAACAUUUGAAGCCAUGAUAUUUGUGUUUGUGAAACACCCAUUUGACGUCGGUGAUCGUUGUGUCAUAGAUGGUGUACAGGUUGUCGUUGAAGAAGUGAGCAUAUUGACUAGCGUCUUCCUGAGAUAUGACAAUGAGAAAAUUUACUAUCCGAAUUCAAUAUUAGCUACAAAAUCCAUCAGCAAUUUUAACCGGAGUCCAGAAAUGAGGGAUAUCGUGGAGUUUGAUUUGGAUGCUUCCACAUCAGUUGAGAAAAUAUCACAAAGGUAG